GUAUAAUAAAGCUAUCAUGAAGUCUAAUACACGAUGGUGCCCAAGCUUCGUGGAAGCAUUGUGUCUCAGAUUCAGGAGUUGCUAGCCAAGAGCGGGCCGCCAGUGGAGGCGCAUGCGGUGCAUGAGCACAUGCCUGUGAUGCGGGGCAUGGCGGUUCUGCGCGGCCGCGUGUAUGGCGUUGUCGCGGCGCGCGGCAGCGACAAGCACAAGGCCAUUGCUGCGACCGGGCUGCAGUCCGGCCGCGUGCUCAUUCGCAGCAGCGAGGACGGUUGCCUGUAUUCGGUGACGGAUCGCACUGGAGCUAUUCUGGAUGCGAUGUCUGUGAUGGAGGACGGUGAACAGGGGAUGCCCGUGCCCAGAAUCGCUCCGGUGCGAUCAGUGACCGAGUACAGGCACCCGUCCUCGGCGCUGCAGAUGAGCACGCGGCCGGACUGCAGCCCGGUCGCGGCAAUUGCCUUGUGCCGCUCGCUGUCGCGCGCCGCGACAACGCCAUAGACGCGGCCGCGCAGGACCGCCAUGCAGGUACCUGCAUGGCGUCCCGUGUGGAGUCCUGGUCAUCGGGCAGCAGCCCGUAGGCGCCGCAGAACAGGAAGCCUGGGGAUGAGGGGGGUGAGAAAGACGGGUGGAGGGUAGAGAGCGGGGAGGCUGGUUGGGAGGUGGAGGGCAGAGCACCUUGCAGGUCUCAGGCUGACAGGCAUGUGCUCAUGCACCGCAUGAGCCUCAACGUCGGGGCCGCUCUUUGCCAGUGACUCCGAAAUCUGGGAUGCAAUGCUGCCGCGUAGCUUCGGAACCAUUGUUGAUUACACUUCUAUAAAGCAGGCGGAGGCACAGGCGCAGGUGGCAGUGGUGGUGGAGGCGGUGCUGCGGCUGGUGGCCUGCAGGCGCAGGGCAGCUGGUCGUGCGCGUUUCAGGUCGCUGCUCGCGGCGGCGCGCGGACUGAAGUGCUGGAGAGCUGGAGCGCCCUGAACAAGGGUGCAUGCAUGGCCCUAAACUCAUGAUGUGUAUGUUGAUGGUGUAUGUUUGAUGUGGCACUUUUAGUGUCAAGCAUACUGUGGGCAUGGGCAUUUCACGGGCAGCAGACAGUUGAUGCAUGGCCUGCAACAAGCAUUGUGUUCAGUUGUGUGCUGUGAGAGAGCAGGGAUGUGCGCUUAGCGGACAGCACAGCCGUUGCGCAAGCACUCAGUCUUUAUUUGUGCUGUAAGGAAUGAUAAGGUGCAUAUGAGGUUUCUGGCCCCCGGCGCGGUGGGUGUUGUGUGGCAACUGGCAAGGGAGCUUCACGUGUGGGAACGUGGGGUCCGGUGGCGGCGCGAGCCCAUGAGCCCAUCCAGCGAAGCCCUAGCCCCUGCUUCUGUGCGCUUGUGAAGGCGGGGGCAAGCGCUGUCAGAGCGCCAGGUGGAUGUGGGGCCUCGUGGGCGCAGCAGGGGAGGGCGGCUGGUGUAGGUGGCGGGGGCAUCGGCUCAAGAGCCU